GCGCACGCAGAAACAGUCGCACAUAUAUAAACCCUAUCUGUUUCUCCAAAUUCAAAAAUCCAAACUUUGGAGAACCCCAAGAAAACCAAAAGCCAUGGACUCGGGCUUCAGGAACUGGCCUCCGAUCAUGGCCCUCAAUCUUUUCAUUAUCCUCGCGAUCCUGCCCUUCUCACUCGCCCAGCCAACCGCCGCAGCUCCGGCGCCGGCUUCCGACUCCUGCAACGGCGUCUUCCUGUCCUACGCCUAUAAUACCGGAGCCCAGCUCCCGCCCGAGGUCAAAGACCCGAAACAGCAGCCUUACAAGUUUGAGUCGGUUCUCACGGUGCUCAACAACGGGCUCGACGAUCUCAAGUCGUGGAGGGUGUUUGUGGGGUUUACCAACAAGGAGUACUUGGUCUCUGCCUCCAAUGCCGUUUUGGCCGACGGUACUAGUAUCCCUGGGGGUGUCGGAAACGGCACCGUUUUUGCUGGGUAUCCGAUGACCGAUCUGAAGACGGCGGUUAAGACCGCGGGGGACUUGGCCCAGAUGCAGGUUCAGGUCAAAUUGAUCGGGACCCAGUUCGGUGUGGCCCCACCCAAAGUUCCCAUGCCUUCCAAUAUUACUCUGGCCAAUGAUGGGUUCGUCUGCCCAGCGGCUGCAAUGCAAGGGACCCAUGAAAUGCAAGUCUGUUGCACCGUAGACGCAAAUUUCAAAACGAACAUCACUGUGGAUGAAGAGUUCCUCCCCCGUCAAAAGGGAGAUCUUACAAUUAUGUAUGAUGUGAUCAGUACUCGGGCAACAGAUUACACGGCGCAAGUGACAAUCGCCAACCAUAACUCCCUUGGUCGUCUUGAUAAUUGGAAACUGAGCUGGGACUGGAUGGAAGAUGAGUUCAUAUUUUCAACGAAAGGGGCUUAUCCAUCUGUUGUUGAUUCUUCUGAUUGUAUAUUCGGUAAACAAGGUACAUUCUACGAGAAUCUAGACUUCUCAACUGUAUUGAAUUGUGAAAGACGGCCAACAAUUAUUGACCUUCCUCCAACAAAAGCCAAUGACACACUUCUUGGUCUGGUCCCUUAUUGUUGCCGAAAUGGUACUAUCUUGCCACCAACAAUGGAUGCAAGCAAGUCAGUUUCAUCAUUCCAGAUGCAAGUUUUUAAAAUGCCUCCAAAUCUCAACCGGUCCCAGCUCUCACCGCCACAAAACUGGGGAAUCAAAGGCACGCUCAACCCUGAUUAUAAAUGUGGCCCUCCUGUCCGGGUGAGUCCCAGUCAGUUCCCUGACCGAUCUGGCUUGCCAGUGAAUAUAUCUGCAGUAGCCAGCUGGCAGGUUGUGUGCAAUAUUACCCAACCCAAAGGAGCAAUCCCUAGUUGCUGUGUUUCAUUUUCUGCUUUCUACAAUGAUUCUGUCGUCCCAUGCAACACUUGCGCUUGUGGCUGCCCUAGUAAUACAGCUCGAACUUGUAGCACAACUGCACCAGCUAUGCUUCUCCCACCAAAGUCACUUCUUGUUCCCUUUGACAACCGAACUGUCAAGGCAAAAUCUUGGGCUGAUAUUAAACAUCUACCAGUCCCAAACCCAACACCUUGUGGUGAUAACUGUGGGAUCAGCAUCAACUGGCAUUUAUAUACAGACUACUCUCGUGGAUGGAGUGCAAGAGUCACAGUCUUCAAUUGGGAUGAAACGGCUUUUGUUGAUUGGUUCGCUGCAGUACAACUGGAUAAAGCAGGCCCUGGUUUCGAAAAGGCGUACUCUUUCAACGCAAGUCACUUGGAAAUUAAUGGUGUCAAUAAUACCGUAUUCAUGCAAGGCCUCAAAGGAUUGAACUAUCUUGUGGCGGAAACAGAUGGAGCCAACCCAAAGAAGGAUCCUAGGGUGCCUGGGAAACAGCAGUCAGUGCUCUCGUUUACAAAGAAGAUUACUCCCGGAAUCAAUUUGGUUGGUGGAGAUGGGUUUCCGACGAAAGUAUACUUUAACGGGGAGGAGUGCUCUCUUCCUACAGCAUAUCCUAGCAGUGGUUACAGAAAAAGCACAUCUCUAAUUUUCUCGGUUCUCGUAAUGGUUGUAGCGUUUAUGGUGAUGCAGCAGUAGAGCUGAGGGAUGAGGCAAUGCUAGAUCUCGUAGCUACUGCUGAUGUUUAUAUUCUUUCGGUGGUUUAGAUUGAUACGUGCUCAACGGGGUGGUUUUGCGAAAUCCCAACUACCAGAAGGCGUGCAUGGCAUUGCCGGUACUUAAAGAUGUUUUUAGGCGGAUUUUGGUUGCGGCUGGUAUUCUUUUGCUUUUCAUCUGCAAAUACUGAAGGGAGGAUCGACACACCGCAAAGUAACAGCGAAACUAUAUAUAGCUAAUGUUCUCAUAUUUUGUAUAAACGAUAUACAUUGAACUAGAUGCUUGUCCUUGAUUCUUUUUUGUUAUUUGUUACACUUUGUUGGUUGUGGAAGUGAUAAUAUAAUCUCGUUCUAGACUCA